AUGUCUGGCAGAGGUAAAGGCGGCAAAGGUUUAGGAAAGGGCGGUGCUAAACGUCACCGUAAGGUUCUUCGUGAUAACAUUCAGGGCAUCACUAAGCCGGCUAUCCGCAGGCUUGCGCGCCGUGGUGGAGUCAAGCGUAUUUCCGGGUUGAUCUACGAAGAGACCAGAGGUGUCCUCAAGGUCUUCCUCGAGAGUGUCAUUAAAGAUACUGUUACCUACACCGAGCAUGCUCGUCGGAAGACUGUUACCGCUCUGGACGUCGUUUACGCUCUGAAGCGCCAGGGCAAGACCUUGUACGGUUUCGGAGGUUAG